AUGCAUUUCCAAGGCUUUUGGCUAUGUUUGGGUAUUUUAUGCAUCUCAGUUAAUGCAGAAUUCAUGGAAGAUGAUGUUGAGAUGACAGACUUUGAAGAAAAUCCCGAAGAGACUGAUGUUAAUGAAAAUGAACUCUCCUCAGAGAUUAAAUAUAAGACACCUCAACCUACAGGAGGAGUAUAUUUUACAGAAACUUUUGAUAGUGGAAGGUUGGCUGGGUGGGUUUUAUCAAAAGCAAAGAAAGAUGAUACAGACAUGGAUACUUCCAUAUAUAAUGGAAGAUGGGAAAUAGAAGAACUGAAAGAAAACCGAGUGCCUGGUGACAGAGGACUGGUAUUGAAAUCCAGAGCAAAGCAUCAUGCAAUAUCUGCUACAUUAGCAAAACCCUUCAUUUUUGCAGAUAACCCUUUGAUAGUUCAAUAUGAAGUAAAUUUUCAAGAUGGUAUUGAUUGUGGAGGUGCAUACAUUAAACUCCUAGCAGACACUGAUGAUUUGAAUCUGGAAAACUUUCAUGAUAAAACAUCCUAUACCAUUAUGUUUGGACCAGAUAAAUGCGGAGAAGAUUAUAAGCUUCAUUUUAUCUUCAGACAUAAACACCCAAAAACUGGAGUUUUUGAAGAGAAACAUGCCAAACCUCCAGAAGUAGACCUGAAAAAGUUCUUUACAGACAGGAAGACUCAUCUAUAUACCCUUGUGAUGAAUCCAGAUAACACAUUUGAAGUGCUAAUUGAUCAAAUAGUUGUAAACAAAGGCAACCUACUGGAGGAUGUGGUUCCUUCUAUUAAUCCUCCCAAAGAAAUUGAAGAUGCCAGUGAUAAAAAACCUGAGGACUGGGAUGAAAGAGCAAAAAUUCCCGAUCCUUCUGCCAUCAAACCAGAUGACUGGGAUGAAAGUGAACCUGCCCAGAUAGAAGAUUUAAGAGCUGUUAAACCUGAUGGCUGGCUUGACGAUGAACCCAAAUUUAUUCCAGAUCCCAAUGCUGAGAAGCCUGAUGACUGGAAUGAAGACAUGGAUGGAGAAUGGGAGGCACCUCAUAUUUCUAAUCCAGCCUGUCAGAUUGGGUGUGGUGAGUGGAAGCCUCCCAUGAUAGAUAACCCAAAAUACAAGGGAGUAUGGAGACCUCCAAUGAUAGAUAAUCCUAAUUACCAGGGAAUUUGGAGUCCUCGAAAGAUUCCUAAUCCGGAUUAUUUUGAAGAUGAUCAUCCAUUUCUUAUGACUUCUUUCUCUGCUCUUGGUUUAGAACUUUGGUCUAUGACCUCUGAUAUCUAUUUUGAUAAUUUUAUUAUCUGUUCAGAAAAGGAAGUAGCAGAUCGCUGGGCUGCAGAUGGCUGGGGAGUGAAAAGAAUGAUAGCAAAUGCUAAUGAGCCUGGUGUAUUUGCACAGCUAAUGGCAGCUGCUCAAGAGCAUCCCUGGCUUUGGUUCAUUUAUCUUGUGACAGCAGGGCUUCCAAUAAUAUUAAUUAUUUCAUUUUGUUGGCCAAGGAAAGUAAAGAAAAAAUAUGAAGAUGCAGAGUAUAAAAAAUCUGACAUAUGUAAACCACAAACAAAGGGAGCGCUAGAGCAAAAAGUGAAGGAAGAUAAAGCAGCCCUGGAGAAACCAGUCGACUUGGAAGAGGAAAAAAAGCAAAGUGAUGGUGAAAUUCUUGAAAAGGAAGAAGAAGGUGAACCUGAGGAAAAGAGUGAAGGAGAAAUUGAAAUUAUAGAAGGACGGGAAGAAGGUAGUAAGCCAAAUAAGUCUGGAUCGGAGGAUGAGAUGAAGGAAGCAGAUGAGAGCACAGGAUCUGGAGAUGGGCCGGUGAAGUCAGUACGCAAAAGAAGAGUACGGAAGGAGUAA